GUAAUCGCUUCAUGAAUAACACUGCCACCUUGUGGCUACUAUAAUGAAUGUAGAGAAAAUAUCAUCUUUCUUUUUGUUUAUCAACAUUAAACCAAACAUCCUUGCCUGCGUAAUCGCUCUUUAAACUUUAUUAUAUGUUUCCAUUUUUUGUAUUUUAUUUACUGUUUGGUGCUGCACAUAACAAACACAUGUUACUUACAAGUCGUGUAAUCCCGCCUAUCGAGCCGUUGGCCCUGCGCUGAUUGAUUUAGCGCGAAUCGGCUCACGUCAGUCAAAGUCCUGGAACGUUGACAAGAAACGCUGCUGUUUAUCUUAAACAUGGGCACAGAGCUGGACAAACACGGGGACAGAAGUCCUGUCAAGGUCGCCCUGUCAGCAGCUGAAGAUGAUGAGGAAUCGUGCAGCAUCAAUGAGGAGUCUUUACUCCUCAUGAUGAAGCACUCGGGCUACACUGUCAUCCAGGAGAACGGGCAGAGGAAGUUUGGAGGUCCACCACCUGGUUGGGAGGGACCGCCACCUCCUCGGGGCUGUGAGGUAUUUGUGGGAAAGAUUCCCCGUGACAUAUUUGAGGAUCAGCUGGUGCCUCUUUUUGAGCUCGUGGGCAAGAUCUAUGAGUUCAGGUUGAUGAUGGAGUACAGUGGUCAAAACAGAGGCUACGCCUUUGUCACGUAUGCUAACAGAGAGGCGGCACAGAGAGCCAUCCAGAUGCUGGACAACUUUGAGAUCCAAUCAGGAAAAUUCAUCGGCGUCUGCGUGAGUCUGGACAACUGUCGCCUAUUCAUCGGUUCCAUUCCUAGAGACAAGAGUAAAAAUGAUGUCUUGGCAGAGAUGAAGAAGUUGACAGAUGAUGUGGUUGAUGUCAUCAUGUAUCCAACCUCCACUGACAAGAGCAAAAAUCGAGGAUUCGCCUUUGUGGAAUAUAAAUCUCACAAAGCUGCAGCCAUGGCUCGCAGGAAACUUGCACCUGGACACUUCAGCCUGUGGGGAAAUGCCAUCCAGGUGGACUGGGCAGAGCCUGAGAAGAAUGUGGACGAGGAUGUAAUGCAGCAGGUCAAAGUGCUUUAUGUGCGUAACCUCAUGAGCACCACCACCGAGGAGACCCUGCGUCACGAGUUCUCCCAGUUCAAACCGGGCUGCGUAGAGCGGGUCAAGAAGCUCACCGACUACGCCUUUGUUCACUACCGCAGCCGGGAGGAGGCCCUCACCGCCCUGAGGUUAAUGAACGGCACCCAAGUGGACGGUGCCACUGUGGAGGUGCUCCUGGCCAAACCUUCAAGGGUCAGAGAGGCUGCAACAGCUGAGGGAAAGUCUGUGAGCAAGGCUACAGACAGAAACACAGGAGGAGGGAGAAGAGGAGGAAAUGAGGUGUCACACAGGAAGCAAGAAGGGAUAGUGGGUCCAGGUGAGAGCAGAUCCUCACCCUUGAGAUCUCCGUCCCUCCCACCUGGCCUCAGAAGCUCUUUACACCCAAGAGAGGGAGUGGACCUCCAGGAGAGGAGUGUGAUCCCACUGCGGCCUGGCAUCACACUCUACCCCACCAGUGUUCUGUCAGUGAAGCAGAGUCAGAUCAACUCGGCCGUAGGUCUGCUGGAAUUCUACUGCUACAAACACUUCCUGUCUCCACCCCAGUACCACCUGUUCUCCACCCACGGGCUGGACGGCCAGCUGCUGCUUCUAUAUAAAGUUGUCAUCACAGCCACACAACGCACCUACACCCCCGACAGACUGUGUGUGCUGCUGGAGGACGCCAAGGAGGUGGCUGCACAGACUGUACUCUGGACCCUGGACCCGUCCCUCCUGAACUGGUCCUCCAGUGAAUCUGACAGCAGCCCUUCUCCUCCACACAUCUCCACUUCACCACCAGGGGUCAUGGUCUGUGGUGGGGGAGGCUUCUCCUGCCUGACUUCCCCUCAGUUCUCACCCAUGUCCUCUCUGUUGACACUCCAGCCUAUGUCUCCUACCACCAUAAUGACGCCCCCUGCCUCCCAGACACAGCAGUGCUACCUCAGCUCCUCCUCCUCUCCAUACUGACGUGUUUUAAAGGUGGUGCAGCAGAGGACCAGUGUGAGGGGAGAACUGGAGGGACAGUCUUUACCCUCACAUAUUUUUUCUGGCUGACGUUCCUGACUCUUCCUGUUCUCCUCCUCCUCAUUCUCCAUGUUUCGACCCUGUCUGUUCCUCCAAAACUAUCUCACCGAGACAAACGGGGACAAAUAUUUAGACUUUGAUACGCUUCAGUCGCCUCUGAUUAACAAACAGGAGCGAGGUUUAGAUUUAACAGUGAAAACAACUGAUAAAAAUGUCUUUUCGUAUCAAACUGUGAAAUGUCAGCCUCCUCCUCCUGCUGCUGCUCCCCAGAAUACCUCAGCAGGAGCAGAUAACAUCCUCGUACCUGUAAACACAGCUACAACAUCAUUUUUUAAAGCCCUGAUGAUUUUAUGGUGCUAUUUAUUGACCACGUUUGCUGUCGUCGUCCGUUGGUCAGUUGGUCAGUUGGUCAGUUUUAUCUUCUCAGUUUCCUGUCUGUCCUGGUGUCGGAGGAGAACAGAACUCAGCCUCCAUGAUUUUAUUCACCGUUAAUGUUUAACCUGACGAGUCAAAGAGAACCAAGUCAGGUUUAUUCCGUUUUAGUCCUAGGAAUUUUCCAGAGUGGCAGGAGGAGAAAGGAGGUGUUCUCUUUAUCAGAGGAGCACGGCAGCUUCGUUCAUGUACAGAGUUUUGUUUUUUUUUUACUUUAGUCAAGUUUUAUGAUCUGUUUGCUGCGGCAGAAAAAAAAAAAUCCUUUAAUUUUCUUCCUCCAGUCUCUAACACAUUUUUAUUAUUUAAUUCAAAAAUUCCCAUCAAUAUUAUAAUUAAAAAUGAAUAACAUCUAUUUAUUAAAACAAAAAUAAUCCAAAGACCAAAUCAGGAAGUGUUGAUAAAAAAGUCUCUAUUUAUUUGAAGCCAAACAUUCUGCAGUGUUCCAUUUUAUGAAAAAAAAUUGAUGAAUUUUUCAGAUGAUUGUUCAAAAACGGUUUAUUUGUUGACUAAUUUAUGACAACAAACAAGUGCUUGGUAUGAAGUUUGUAACUUCCUGUCCUGACACCCUUUGGUGACUUUGUUUUUGCCCCCUAGUGGAGGUUUUCGUUUUGUCUCGUAGAUGUGUUUUUUGCUUCAAGUGUGAAGUGUUUCCUGUCUGUAGUUGGUCUGUGGUUUCGAAGGUUGUUUUGUCAUGGUUGUGUUGUCUCAUUGCUCUUGUUUCUCUGUGAUUGUUUUUGUUAUAUGUGUUUCUUUUGUGACAUUUUGUCUUGAUCACACGGCUGUUUCCUAGUUCAACAGUCAGUGUUUGUUCAUUUUCAUGUUUUUUCUGGAAAAAAAUAAAAAGCAAAAAAAAAAAGUUUAGAAAAUCCUGCAGAUCUGUUUAAAGGAAUGUAAUUUGCUUCCCUGCAGCGGCAGAAUCACAUUUGUCUGAACCAUCCAAUUAAAGUGAAAUCCCUUCAGUUUGAGUUAAAUGUAAAUGAACUUUAGUUUAUUAACUCCAACUUUCUGCACCAAUCAGCAGUUUCUCUCCGUCUGAAGAAGCUUCUAUG